ACCAGGCAUUACCUAACACCAUACAAUUUGCCAGAUGGGGCUUCUUGGGUUGUGGAAUAUAAUAAAACAGGGGCUCUACUAUGCGUACUCUCACGCCUACUUCAUACUCAGGUCCUUGACAUUGAAAAGGUCUGGGAACCCCUGGGGUUAAAUUAUCCCAGGCGCGGGCACGAGAGCAGAGCAGUGGUGCGCGCUCCCGGCGGCGAGUGCAGAUUCUCAGCAGUCAGUCAGACAGUCGCGGCACUCCGGGAUGACUCCCACACUGCCUCGGCGAUGUCGCACCCCAGCACAGUUUAUACCCUAAAAAACAUCUACCUCAGGUGAUGUACUGGAGCCUGCGUUUGUGCGUGUGUGUGUCCGAGAUGAGCGAUUCUGCAGUGCGAUGCUGACAGCAUGUUUCCUCGUCGAGAAGCUCCGCGCUGUGCAGCAUAGAGGAGGCAGCAGUGUGGAACAACGUGCAGUUACAGCGGGCUGUUGCAGUCAGGCAGCAUCAUGGAGGCUGGAUGUGUGGUUGCCGCGGUGAUUGAGAAUGCUGCCUCAGGACCCCAGGGUGAACCAGGAAGUGGUGACGUCCUUGAAGGAGAGUUGCUACAGACUUCUGACCUGGACAAAGACGAUGCCUUACCUCAUGCCACCAACAACAAUCCUCCAGAAGAGAUACAGCCACAGGAGACAUCCACUGCCAUGGUGAGGAGCGAUGAUAUCACAGAGCUGCCAGCUGAGCCCCUCCUGCGCUCCUGCGUCAGCACGGCUAGCAUGAAGGUCAAGAACGUGAAGAAGCUAACGUUCCCCAAGGGUCACUUCCCCAGGUUGGCAGAGUGUGCCCAUUUCCACUAUGAGACUGUUGACUUUGGCAACGUUCAGUUGGCAUUCGCAGAGGGGCAGAGUGAAGGACCAAAGGCUGGUCUGGACUCCAAAGAGCUGGUCUUUCUGGUCCAGAUCACGUGCCAGGGCAAGAACUGGCUAGUGAAGAGAUCCUACGAAGACUUCCGUGUGCUGGACAAACACCUGCACUUGUGUAUCUAUGACCGACGGUACUCUCAGCUCACUGAGCUGCCACGAAACGACACGUUAAAGGACCCUGUUGAGUCAGUCACCAAGAUGUUGGCCACCUACCUGAGCCGCUUCUCUGCCAUCGCCGACAACAAGAUCAACUGCGGUCCAGUCCUCACGUGGAUGGAGAUUGAUAACAAGGGGAACCAUUUAUUAGUCUCUGAGGAAGCCUCAAUCAACGUUCCUGCCAUCGCCGCCGCUCACGUCACCAAACGUUACACAGCACAGGCCACAGAUGAGUUGACCUUCGAGGUGGGGGACAUCGUGUCAGUCAUCGACAUGCCUCCUAAAGAAGAUACCGGCUGGUGGAGGGGGAAACAUGGCUUCCAGGUUGGUUUCUUCCCCUGUGACUGUGUUGAGCUGAUAAAUGACAAGAUUCCCCCCAGCGUUCAAAGCUCGGUGCCAAAGCCAGUGUGUAAGAAGCAUGGGAAGCUAGUAACCUUCCUGAGGACUUUUAUGAAGUCACGACCGCCUCCUCAGAAGUUGCGGCAGCGUGGGAUCCUCAAAGAGAGAGUGUUUGGCUGUGACCUGGGGGAACAUCUUCACAACCCGGGACAUGAAGUCCCACAGGUUGUGAAGAGCUGUGCUGAAUUCAUUGAGAAAGUCGGAGUGGUGGAUGGAAUAUACAGACUGUCUGGGAUCUCCUCGAACAUCCAGAAAUUGAGGCAUGAGUUUGACUCAGAACAGAUCCCAGACCUGACCAAGGAAGUCUUCCGACAAGAUAUCCACUCAGUGGGCUCCCUCUGCAAGCUGUACUUCAGAGAACUGCCGAACCCUCUGCUCACCUAUCAGCUCUACGACAGAUUCUCAGAGGCUGUGUCUGCUGCCACGGAUGAGGAGAGGCUGGUCAAAAUCCACAAUGUCAUCCAGCAGCUGCCUCCUCCACACUACAGGACUCUGGAGUACCUCAUGAGACACCUCUCCCACCUGGCCACCUUCAGCUCCACCACCAACAUGCACACUAAAAACCUGGCAAUUGUCUGGGCUCCUAACCUUCUCAGGUCCAGACAGAUCGAGUCGGCCUGUUUUAGUGGCACAGCAGCGUUCAUGGAGGUCCGGAUCCAGUCUGUGGUGGUGGAGUUCAUCCUAAACAACACCGAGGCUCUCUUCAGUCCUAAACUUAAUGCCAUCAUACGGGAAAGCACAGGUAACAACACCUUAUCCAGACCCAAGUCCCUUCUGGUCUGCUCCCCAUCCACCAAGCUACUGUCUCUGGAGGAAGCCCAGGCCCGCACUCAGGCACACCUCAGCUCCCCAGCCACCACACCUUCCCUCUCCCACAGUGACUACAUCGAGGUCGGGGAGGGACCAGGGGCCCUGCUCGGAAAGUUCCACACCGUCAUUGAGCUCCCCAUGGAGAGCACUAAGCGGCCUCCUGCCAAAGCUAAGAAGUCUCCUGUGGGGAACUGGCUCUCCUUUUUCCACCUGGGCAAGUCCCAGUCUGUAUCCAAACGUAAACUGAAGCGACACCCCAGCGAGCCUAACGAGAUAAAGAGCAUCGCACUGCCAGGUGGAAGAGGAGAUAGCGGCACGUUACGCUCCACCAAAAGCGAGGAAUCUCUCACCUCUUUGCACAAUGUUGAAGGAGAACCUCCAGGUUACCGCCCGCGCAGACCUCAUUCAACUAGUGAGGCCCAUUCUGCCUUCUGUAAAGACGACCUACGUAGACCCAAAAGUAGAGAGGACCACAGAAUUCACCAACUGAAUAAGAGUCAUGAUGGUGUUGAUAGUGUCCGCACUACUGCGUGUAUUUCACCUCCACACCAAGAGGACGAUCUGGAUCUUUGUCCACCUGCUGCAGGCAUUUUUAGUUUGGACUUUGACCCCAUGUCUUUUCAAUGCAGCCCACCCUCAGGGACGCCUGGGCUGCAACACAACAAAGAUGGAAAUAAAUGGAGGAAGAGUGCAGGGUGCUCAAGUGAAUCAGAGCCCAUCUCCUCUCCAAACAACAACAUUAGCUGCUCUCCGUCUCCAGAUAUCAGCCCGGUUCUCAUGCACAAUAAAAGUGCGAGGAAGAUUACCUCCAAGCCGCUUUCUCCGAAACUCAGGAAGAAAUCCCUAAAAACCCAAGCAGAUGUGCAGAACCCAUCUGCCUCUCCUCCGCCUCUUCCUUCUUCUUCGCCACCUUUGGAGAGGCAUGAAGCUCAACUGGCAGAUGGAAAAGAGCGGAGAGGGCCAUUCCCGCACUGCAGUCCUCUCAGCACGGCAAGCCAGGCAUCAGCUCUGACCGACCUCAGUCAGUCUGCUCAGAACCUGCCUGAUCCAGGAACAGAUAGACUUAUGAGUUCAGUAUCUGUUCUCCCUCCUCACCCUCCCUUGACGAGUGCUGCCCGCAAGUUGGCUUUGGCUCUUGCUGAAUCUGCCCAGAAGGCCAGCAGUGGGUCCCAGAGAAGAAAAGACGUCCCAUCACGCCCUCACCAGAGACCAGAAGCUGCUUACACUGAAGAGAGACCGCCAAGGCCUUCAGUUCUGGAUCUCAAAGUGUAUCCCCAGGAGUACUGUGGCCAUCACGGCCCCUCUGCUUCCCAGUGGCAAAAAUCCGUACAUAGCCCUGUGGAGAGCCGCCGCUGCCCUCAUCCAGUUCAUUUCCUGCCUGCACACCUUGACUCUCAGCCGUUACAGGUCGCUGAAAGACAGGAAAGCAUGUGCAAUUUCACCCCUAAUGUGAGUCCGCUCGGGUCAGGGAGCUUGGAUGAAGGCAGUGCAGAGAGGAGGGGCGGUAGAAAGGAAAAAGACCUCAGAGAUGUUACAGAAGCAGAAACAACCUAUCAGAGUGUUGGUGUUUCAACGCCGACCCAACCAGUCUGCUCAGCUGAGAGUCCGUCAACCUCUCCUGUUUAUGUGAACACAGACUCUGUCAAUGUAUUUAACUUCCGGGCUAUUCUGGCAGAGACCUCCAUGCCUGCCUCAAUCGAGGAGGUCCUUCCGCUACAUCACUACAGCACAGAGGACGGAAGACCUCUGGGCCUUGUUGAUGAUUUCUACAGUCAUCAUCCUCAACAUCAUCAUCAUCAUCAGCCGUAUCAAACCGGACGAAUGCCUGCACAUCACUGCCCUCGGCCCAAUGCUCUGCCACAUCACCUCAUGGGGCCAAAGAGUUUGUACAGACAGUCCUCUGAAGGCCGCUACAGCACUUUAGGGUUACGACACCCUUUGUCACCUCAGUACAGGCGUCACCAUAGAGGGGAACACCUUAUCAGAGGUUCCCAGAGGCAACAAAGCCAGUGGCAGAGGUCAGAAGAUAGAAUAAUGAGGCAUCCGGCCAUCCGGAGGGCUCGCUCCUUCCAUGCCCCUCAGAUUAGUCACUACGAGCUGGCGGAGACAGAAGUGCUGCCCCCUGACACCAUGUUUUAUGUUGAGCAGACAGCAAGCCAGGAGGCGCCCUAUCAGAGGCUGAUUCAAACCGGCAUCCAGCCCGUCCGCUCGCACUUUGAGAACCAACGCUCUGACUAUCGUUAUAACCCCUACUCUGAUGUGAACCCAGUAGAUGUUGCCCACUACUAUGUAGAGCCAAGCCAGCAACAAGCUUUCCAACACAAUCAGUCUUACACAGUGCGAUCCACUAGGGAUGGUGGACAACCAGAAUACUACAACUACUCUCCUCAACAUGUCCCUCCUGCAAACAGGGAGUUUUACAUAGAAAGCAGGGACACCGUGGUUUAUGAGGCCAGAGAUGCAGAAGUGUUUGAAAGAGUUGUGUAUCAACCAGUCAAGCAGGAGAGUAAAUCCAGACAUAAAAGUACACGUCCUGUUGUGUCACCUCUUGAGAGCCCUGAAUCACCGAUUGAUACAAGAAACAGAGACAUAAUGCACACAAGAAGCAAGUCGGACCCUGGAAACGCCUGCCUCCUCUCCGCAAACAGGGCAGAGAAGGAAAAUGUUGAAGUUGAUGUAUCCCCAACAUCCCCCAGGUCUCACCAGGAGGAACUCACUCGGCCGCAUUAUAGCCACCGGUCAAGUGCUGACCCCAGAAAGUCCAGACAGAGUCACAUCCAAGAGAGAUCCUCACGACAGCCACCUCUUCGGAAAAUUCCUUCGCUUCCAGAAAGGAGUUGUCCCAACCCUAAGAACAUGGAGCACAAUGACAGAAGCCAAACACGAGGUCAUGACCAAGAUCGACUAAUGAUGACCAAUGCUGUCAACAGCUACUCUGGUCUAGUGAAACCCGGCAUCCUCAGGAGACCAGGGAGGUCGCAGAGCACCAGAGAGCAUCGACACUACUAUCAUCACCACGCCAAAUCCCCUCAAGAUCCUGAACAUCUGGGAUCCUUUUCUUCUCAGCCCACCAGAAGGACUCAGAGCACUAAAGUCAGGCCCACACAAUAUGACCACAUGGAGGGGUAUUACGCAGCUCCAAGACCCAAAGCCACAAGAUCCAGUAAAGCUCCAGCCGGAUAUUUGCCUGGCCCAGGAUGCAUGUCUCCCCGCGGGCAGAGACUGCUGUCCAAGGCUCUGGGUCAUGAGGCUUUUUAUCAUGCUGCACUGAGAUCGGAGGCCGGGGUCUACGAGUGAGUCUGACCACUGGUUUUAUCUGAUUCUACAAUGGGGCCAAAGGAGAACAGCACUUUAUCCUCUGCCAGACCAACAGACUGUUGUGUUAGGAGUGUGUUUGUUUUAACCUUCAGGAGAUGCUAGAAAGUGUGAAGUGAGCCUGCUGCUGGGACCAUACUGUCGCCAUCACUGUUAGUUUCAUAUUUUGCAGUGGCUUUUGGGGAAGCUCAAAGGGAACAUGUGAAUCAAUAUGCAGGUAUCGUCUUAAGUUUUGUGAUUUUAAAGUUACAGUAAGAGAGGCAUGUUUGAGAAAUAUGACGACGUAUUUUAUUUAAUGUCUAAACAACAUGAAAUGAAAACUAAAGUAUUUGGUUUUAUUAAUAUGAUUUCAGUGUAGGAAUGUGUAUAAAUUAACAUUCAUUUUAAAUGUAUUAUAUUUGUAUAAACAACACACAGCUAACAUGUGGCCAAUGUACUGUACAUUUUGUUUUCUAUUCUAGUCUGCUCAGACUUCAACAAGCACUUUUGGGGAUAACUGUGUAUGAAACACAUUGUCUUAACGUGGUGUACAUGAAGCCUCUUGAUAUACAGUAUAUAUUUUUUCCUGCAAAAACAGCUUGCUUUAAAUCAUUGUUGAAAACUAAAUUAGCACUUUUUGAGGGUAAAAAAAAAAAAAAAACAACCUUAUGAUUUCUAACUUUUCACUUAUUUUCCUUAUCACACAUUGUGUAAUGCAAUCUUAAAAUAACAAUGAGUGCUAUGAUUCCUUUAAGGUCAAAGCUACUGUGGCUAAAUAUGCUAGUUAUACAGUCAAUGCAAAUUAGCUUAUUCGGUACAGUGUAUUUUGUAUUGCAUUGUGGUUUUGUCACUAAAUGAACAUUUCUUUCCUCUUUUAGGGAACUUUUAACAACGUGUUGUUUUAAAUUGGAUAUGACAUUGUUUUAUUCGUUAAAGAUUCUAUUUCAAAUCCAAACAUGUAGAUGAGGAUAUUAUGUUAAGACAUGUUAAAUGCAUUAUUUUAGUAUCGGUCUAAAAAAUAAAGAUAUAUUAUAUCAUUAA